AUGGAUAAUGUUGUGGCAGUCUGCUUCCGCGAUCGCCAGCACAGCCGCUCAGUCAUGACGUCUUCCGGUCCGCCCCGCGCUCCCUGGGUUCAGUCCCAUGAGACUUGGUAUCAGCGUAGCGAGUGCUCGAGGUCAGCCAGGGUUGCGUUCUUCGCUGAUUGGUUGCAGGUGGGCAGAGUCAAGGCCCACACACGCGCCCUCUGAAGCCCAACAACCACAAUUCACAAAGGUCUGAAAGGGCGGCUUGUGGCAUUCCCCUGCUGCGCUAAAUGUACGCUCUCUCGUCUCAGUAACCAGAACCUGCCUAGCAGGAGCGGACAUCCUGACAGAUUUAGUUAUUUAUCGUGAGACCAGCAAAACCCAUCACGCCUACAGCAGAAAGGACAACCCGGCUCUUCGAAGUCGAAUUUCGGAGGAGCGCGGUGGACGAACUCCUGAGGAGUUUCCUUGGCAAAGCUGCUUCAUGAACUGUUGUAUCCAGCUGGUCAACGCUUGGAAUCCUCCACGCCCUCCUCGCAAGUGCUUACACAUUUGGCCUCUCUUGACACUUUUUUCCUUUUUGUAACCCUCUUUCGAGCGUGAUUAGCGUUCUUUUAAUUAACUGGGUUUUGUAUUCUGACCUUGAGCUGGGAAUUCGAUUUGCUCGAACAGUAACAAAGGAAUUCUUUGUCUAGAGUAUCCAUUGUUGAGGUUUGUACGUUUUCUAUUGUUACCUUCUUCUGUCAAUCGUAUCGUAUACACACCGAAAUCUGUUUUGGCUUAUACGCGUGACUCAAUUUACCAAGAAUUCUACAUGAACCUUCCCAGCAGCAAAAGUUCGGUUAUGAUUCCCGACAAGUCCUAUUUUACACGGAGAAGGCAAGGAUAAGCUGAGAGCUCGGACCACCUCAAUGUGCAUUUGCUUCUUUACAUGCUCCCGUGGAGUAAGUUAUAUUACUCCCACAAGUCGGCGCCUAGCAGUAGUCUACGGCGAACGCCUCCCGGCAUGACCGAGAAAAGGCGGACUUAGGGGCAUAGGCGGUGCCAUCCCCGCUCAUUUCGUCAAUUCCGCGUAUCGCGUAGACCGCGAUGAAGCACUAUGUGCGAUUUAUAAGGUCCCAUCGCCCUGUAGAAGGUGGUGGUCGACAUCUUGAAUGUACCCGAAUCGGGAGACAGGGAAUAAACUUACGUGGACAAUCUUUUACUGGAGCCAAGAGUGUGUACGCAGCGCUGCAAGCACUUGCAACUGACGUUCUCACCAGACAUGUGUCUGUGGUGUUGAGGCUGUGCAAGUGUGCAUGCGCGUGUCAGAGCUGUGUUCACCUGCAGCCAGUCAUGUAAGGCGCAGCGCUAAUUGGCUUCGGACGCUCGCAGGCUGGUACCACUUCGUAAGCGGUUCCAGCGGCGGAUUGACAGAUGGCCUCGGGCAGACGGAAAAGCAACAUGAGUGAGUGGAUGCGCCAGGGGCAGACUGCUGGAGUCAGCGUUUGCUAGCAACUCCGGAGGCGGUUACCAUCUGGUUACGGAAGCCGAUCUUUUGCGCCCAGAAGAACCUCGUGCAAGCUCCGCAUUUACCAUGGCCAACGGUCAGCUAACUGCAUAUACUUCUUCCCUAGGUCUCAUUUCCUCUUAUUACCUCCUCCCCCAUAUUCCCACACCCAAUUUGUGCGAAAAGACGAACUUCUAUUGAUUCCCCUCAUCACUCACAUGUUUUACUCGACCCCGUUCUCAUAAUAAUGCACUGGCAGCCUCCACCGGGUAGUACUCUUAGAACGCAGAGGAUGAGGGAACAUGGAGCGCGGCAGGCACUACGCUGACACCCACGACUAUAAACCAAUCAACAUGCAGGUGGCCACUGCUUUCAGGGGUCCCGGUGGCCUUCCCGGAUGACGACCGGCUAAUUAUCGUUAUUGGUUCCCCUUGAGCGCGUCAGAUGAGCAAACCGGCUUAACAGGGAGGCCAAAACUACAUUGGCGGCAAGGAAAAAAAGGGGAGUGAAGAUGGUCUAACCACAAGAAAGUGACUGCCGGAAUAACUGAGAUCGUCAUUCCGUCCCCUCCAGGGAGGUUUGUAGUCUAGAAUUGGGUUGGUUAGUUCCAACACGAUGCCAUAAAGGCUGCGCUAGAAGUUCGCCCCUUGUGACUUGCUACCAGAAAUAAUCCUGCGGCAACACAGUAGUGAGCACAGGGAGAAGGGAGUGAAAGGGAAGACGCAGGUUGGGGGAAGGUAGGUCGAUCUGGUUCACUUCACCAUCACUUUUAACAUUCCGCCUCGAAGUUAAAGUGCUCUAUGUCGAGCCUCUAUCCUGGCAGAGACUGGAUCAUGCCUCAGCUCUAACUCCGCUCAGCCCACGUGGAGUGCAUCUAGUAACAUUAAUGACAAAGAAGGCGGGUAUGGCUACUGCAGUUACUCAUUUGCUGGCAUGGUUGGCCCAAAAGACAUGAAGUAUAUACCAGAAAAGCACACAGGGAACGCUAGGGACGCAAUGAGGAGUCGAACCCCUCUAAAUUGUGAAGAAGAAGAAGAAGAAGAAGAAGAAGAAGAAGAAGGAGAAGAAGAAGGAGAAGAAGAAGAAGAAGAAGAAGAAGAAGAAGAAGAAGAAGAAGAAGAAGAAGAAGAAGAAGGGUGGUCGAGCACCGGAACAUUCUGUUUAUUGUUGUGAACUUCCGAACUCGUGCAGGAGUCCAUCGUCAGUCGAUUUAUCGAUCUGGUACCGACGUACAGAACUCUGUUCAGUCACCUUCAGUCUUGCGCCACCUAUCGAUGACUCGCUAACACGCCCUAUAACCGUCGCUUGUUCUGUUGUUGCUACCAUCACUGACUAUGGACUCCCGCACGAUUUCGAAAGCUCAGAACAAUAA